GUCAGACUCGUAGAGUAUGUAUUGACGGAAUGCUUUAUAUUUGUGAAUGGUAUCGACUUUUCUGCGACUAUACUUCACAUUGAACCGGAAAUGUUCAAGAUUUAUCGAAACAACCAACGAACUUUCAAAUGGAGUCUAUCGAGAUUCUUUGUUGUUACUUCAUGUCCGUCCAAAUCGAUCUCUGCCCCAUGUUGAAUGAAGCACUACGAAGCACUACGAAGAUGGCAUAUGAAGAGUUCUGGUAUACUAUACUACGCCAGAGUUCUCCAUAGGCUCUCAUCGUUUUACAUCAACUCGAAAUCGCACAAUGAUUUUCAGGAGGAAAGCUCUUCCAAGAAAAACUCAUUGCACAAGCCAUCGUCAAAAAAUUUCGUUUCAAUUUUUUUCAUUUCUCUGGAUAGCAUUGACUAACCGAACCUUAUUUUACAUUUCUUUCAUCUACAGAAAAUGCCUCACUCUUACGGUAGUAUGU